UUUCGUUAAAAUGUAUCAUUUGUUGUGAUAUUCUAAUGAAGAAAAAAGAAAAAUAAGCCACCAUCCAGCGGGAUGUCUGACAUUGUAAAGCACCAUCAAUCCCAAUACAGAGGCUGGAUAUAUAAAUGGACAAAUUAUUUGAAAGGAUAUCAAAAACGUUGGUUUGUCCUACAGAAUGGUUUGCUGUCUUAUUACAGGAACCAGGCCGAAAUGGCCCACACGUGUCGUGGAACGAUCAACCUGGCCAACGCGUUCAUCAGCACUGAGGACUCGUGCACGUUCAUCAUUUCCAAUGGAGGGGCCCAGGUGUUUUAUUUGAAGGCUACGUCCGAGGUGGAACGUCAGAAAUGGGUCACCGCACUAGAACUGGCCAAAGCAGAGGCCAUCAGGAUGUUAGAAGCAGAGAGUGAUGACGAGGAAUCACACCAGCCUGACAAGUUUGAGCUGCAGAACACUCUGAGGACUCUGAGUGCCAAACUGGAAGACCUGAACACGUGCAACGAUCUGAUCGCCAAACACGGCCAUUCCCUGCAGAAAACACUGACGGAGCUCGAGCAGCUGACCGAUCCCACGGACAUCACCAACAAGCUGAAGGCCGUCAACGAGCGCGCCACCAUAUUCCGCAUCACCACUAAUGCUAUGAUCAAUGCGUGUGCAGAGUACAAGGAUUUCACACAGACUCACGGCAAGCGUUGGCAGAAGGUUCUACAAUUUGAACACGACCAGCGCAUGAAACUGGAGGAAAUGGUGGAACAGCUGGCCAAGGAUCAGGCGUCUCUGGAGAACAAGGCUCGCAAGUCUCUCCACAACACCAAGCCCGACAAAUCAGGGUCAGAUGAAGAAGAUUUUUUUGAUGCCUUAGAUCACCAUGUACAGGAGGAGUUUGAAGUAGUUUUACCACACGAUCCUCCUCUGAGACACAGAUUGGUGUAUUUCAGACGCACUGACAGCGAUUUCAGUAUCGACAGCGCGAACUACAAUGAAGAUGACAUGUCGAGUGAGUCUGAGCAGGAAGAGAGUGAUAAAGCGCGGGUCUAUACAUCUUCCAAAACGGGAUCUCCGCAGAAACUAAAAUAUGAAAAAUCCGGCCAUAGGAGGACGUGUAGCUACGACAAGGGUAAGAAUCGCACCACCAUGCCUGAAACCAACACAGUGGAGUGUGUGCACUCGGAGGGAGCUGCCUUGACACAGUCCAAGAAGAUACGCAGAAAAAGAAUUCCAGACAGACCCAACUUUAGCUUAAAUUUAUGGAGCAUAAUGAAAACCUGCAUUGGAAAAGAAUUAUCAAAAAUUCCAAUGCCUGUAAAUUUUAACGAGCCUUUAUCUAUGUUGCAACGUUUAACGGAAGAGCUGGAGUACUCUCAUCUCCUUGACAACGCCGGCCAGUGUCAGGACUCGGCAGAACAGCUGACCUGGGUGGCGGCGUUCACGAUCUCGGCCUAUGCACCAACCACCAGUCGGACGGGAAAACCCUUCAACCCACUGCUUGGAGAGACCUACGAGUUCGAUCGCAGAGAUGAUUUAGGCUGGAGAACAUUAGCCGAACAAGUAUCACAUCACCCUCCAACACUAGCCACACAUUCUGAGGGCAAAGAUUGGACUCUGUCGCAGGAGUUCACCAUGACUAGCAAGUUCCGAGGAAAAUAUCUCCAGAUUAUUCCUCUUGGCAUAGCACAUCUAAUAUUUCACAAAAGCGGUAAUCACUACACGUGGCGGAAGGUGACGACCACGGUUCACAACAUCAUCGUCGGCCGGCUGUGGGUGGACAGUCACGGAGAGAUGGACAUCGUCAAUCACCAGAACGGGGACAAGUGUCACUUGAAAUACGCAGCGUACAGCUACUUCUCGCGGGAAAUUCCUCGCAAAGUGACGGGUGUGGUGACGGAUGCCCAGGGCACCCCUAAGUGGGUGUUGACAGGGACAUGGGACGCUCAGAUGGAGUGUGCACAGGUCCUACACAUCGACGAGUCCAACAAGGGCAAGCCGGUGUUCGAGACCGGACCACACAAACUCUUGUGGAAGUGCAACAAACCUCUACCCGACUACGAGAAGAUCUACCACUUCACGCAGUUGAGUUGUGAACUGAAUGAGCCGGAGGAUGGCGUGGCCCCAACCGACUCGCGUAACCGUCCGGACCAGCGGUUCAUGGAGAACGGUCAGUGGGAUGAGGCAAACCGCACCAAGGUCUUGUUGGAGGAGAAGCAGAGAGCCGCGCGCAGAAAACGAGAGCAGGAAAUGGAAACGGCUAAAGCAGAAGGUCGUGAUUUGCCACUGUACCAGCCGAUGUGGUUCAAGAAGGAGCGUGAUCCGAUCACAGGCAACUUGAUCUACCGGUCGACUGGCGAGUACUGGGACUGCAAGGUCAAGAAGGACUGGUCGCGCUGUCCAGACAUUUUCCUCUGAACACUUCCCGUCUGCAAGUGACAAAACAUCCAAUUGGUUGCACUGUGUUAUCCAGAUAUGUUUCCAGGAACCUUUUUCCAUCUACAGAUUAUGUACAACUACUAGUUAUGCUGUGCAGAUGUUUUUAGGAACAUUUGCCAUCUAUAUGUGAUAUACUGCUAUGUGGAUGCACCAUUAGAUGUUUUCUGAAACAUUUUCCAACAACAGAUUAUGUACAACUACAUUUUCCAUUUACAAAAGAUGUACAUCUCUGUGGCUUCACAGUCCAGAUAUAAUUCUACAGCAUUUUCCAUCUACAGAUUAUGUACAACUCCAUAGCUGUGUUAGUCUGUAAGCAUUUUCCAUCAACAAAUUAUGUAGUUACAUGGCUAUUUUGUAAGAUGUUUCUAGAAACAUUUUCCAUCUAUCAGUGAUGUACAAAUGUACAAAUAGGUGGCUACACUGUCCCAAUACAAUUCUAGGAAAAAUUUCCAUCUACAGAUGAUGUCCAACUGUGUGGCUACACUCCAGAUACGUUUCUAGGAACAUUUUCCAUCUACAGAUGGUCUACAGCUGUAUAGUUAUGCUGUCAGAUGUUUCUAAAAACAUUUUCUGUGUACAAACGACAAACAGCUUUGUCGUUAUGCUGUCAGAUGUUUGUAGAAGUAUUUUCCAUCAACAAAUGAUUAUUAACAACUUAUGUGGCUACACUGUCAGAUGUUUCUAGGAACAUUUUCCAUCUGCAGAUGUUGGAGAGCUUUGUGGAUGUGUCGUUCAGUUGUUUCUAGUUUUACAUAGGCUGUAAACUGUGAGCCUUUGCACAUGAAAAGUAUCUGGUUGUUCUUUCCAGAUGUAUUUCUGUGAAUGUUUUCAUCUGCAAGUGACAACUAUCAGAUGAAUUAGGUGUGAUGCUAUUGUAACAGAAACUUAAUGCUUCUGUCAUAACAAUAUACUGACAAGUCAAUUAAUCGAAAACGAACCAUUGAAUUUCAUGUAAUAACUGAAUAUCGAGAAUAAUGUGUUAAAUUGACACAAAUAGUAUGGUACAUUUGAUAUAAUUAAAUAAUGUCUUAAAUUUGACCUUAAUUUACUGUGGUAAAUUUGGCAUUAUGACUAGUGAUGUAAAUUUGACAUGAAUAAUGAAGUAAAUUUGGCAUUGUGAUUAGUGAUGUAAAUUUGACAUGAAUAGUGUAGUAAAUUUAUAGUGGGAAGAGUGAUAAAUGAGGAAUUAUGAUAUGGUAUAUGUGAGUUUAUGAAUGAAUAGUGGUGCAUUUGAUGGUGGUUUUCAUAGAAGUGCAAUUAACAAAUCUACUGAAAAGACUGGGGUUGAAAAAUCAUGAAGUUAAUACACCUACAAGUAUAAGAUGUGGCUCAUGGCUGUGGAAUGUUAUUAUGAGUAACACUGACCUUAAUUUAAGAUCAGAUGUUUUACCUGGGUAAACUUUAUAACAGUUUAUUCAAAACUGAUCUGCUACAAAGCUUUUUGUCUGAUAGAUGCUCUAACAAGUUAUUCUGGUGAAAGGAGAAGAUCACGAUUUCACUUUCGCAAAUAGCCUUGCAAAGGAAUAAUAUCCAAAAAAAGCAAGGAAAAAAAAUGUGUGUUAAAGAAUUGACAAUAUUUGUUCAUGGAUGUUACAAAAGAUUCAGUUGUGAUAUGUGAAUUAGGAUUUGUCACUUGCAGUGGUUCACAAUAUUUUAACAGUUUCGUAUUUAUUCGGCUUGCAUAUUAUUUAUGAUAUGACUUCCGUAUGUGGAUGAAUGCAGUGUGUAAUAUGCAUUUAAUGUUCAUGCUCGGCAUAUGUUGUACUGUUUGUGAUUUAUGAAUCUUGGAAUUAAUGGAGUCAGUGUAAUUGAUGCUAAUUUCUUCUCAAGAGGUCAAGGGUUAUUUUCCAUGGGCACGUUUUUCUAGAGCAGUACACAGACGUGUUAAAAAAACCAUUCUUUGAUUAUCAGUAGUGUGUGUCCACAUAACCAGCACGGUUUGUGGUAGAUGCACAAUUAAAAUCAGUAGGUUCCACAAACAUGGAAAUCAGCCGUAACAGACUAUUUUUUAAAAGGAUGUCGUGUAUUGUGGUUGGGUUUAUGGUCACUAUCAGUCAUUACUAGUACUAGUCAUUGUAAACAUAUUAUUUAUCAUAGGUGUACACAUUCAUAUUAAACACGUGGGUUUCCAUGACCUGUAGAUAAGCAUUAAACCGUAUCUACAAUAUCACAUGCAUUUUUAUUCCUCUUCUGAUCUGAUUGAAAUUACACAUAGAUCAUAGUCGUUAACAAAGCAGGGCUCUGCAUUAAAUCGUGUCUGCUUGCCAGGUGCAUUUGGUUUUGCAAGUGUGAGUGCAGGAAUUGUAGCGAGUGAAGUUUAUAGGAGGGUCGAGUCGAGUCAAGUCAUUACUAAGCAGGAGGUGUUUCGACCCCUGAAACCAUCCCCCAGCACACUCGUCUGUUUUGGGUGGAGGACAAGUAAAUUGUUUUAAUUGUUUGAAAAUUUCAAAAUAUUUAGAAACUUACCAUUUGUUCUUGAAUUUAUUUUUAUAUGUUUGACAAGUUUCUUUUAAUCAAGCAGAUAUUUUGUGGUCUAAUGAGAAACCACUUUAAUCUCGCUGGACUUGGAAAUAUUUUGGUGAGACACUCGUGUUUCAAAUAGAAUAGCUCAAAAUGGAGACAUUAAUCCCAACAGGCGAUGUUGAAAAUAUUUAGUGUAGAGUCCUGACUAGGUAGUAACGAAAUAGAUUAAAGCAGAAAUGUGUAUUUAAUAAAAAAUACUUAUUACAUGCAAUUCAUACUGGCUUGUUGCUAGUGCAGAAUUAUUUAUAAUAACUGCACAAGUUGAUAUAUGCUUUACUGUGUAAAUAUGUAUAUACUAAGUGUGCGAUGCUUGAAGUGAUUAAAAUGAUUGAAUGAUUGUAUUAAAUUUAACUCUUUCUUCCAUCUGGAAAUCCUGUGGUAUGCAUCACCGUCACCUUUAGAUUAGGUGCGAUAGAAAAAUUAAUGUCUCUCAAACAAGGACUUAAUAUACUGCCUAAAAUAAGUCUGGGGUGUUCAAACACAGCACCAAAUAAUAGGAACACAAGCGAGCAGAAGCUGUGUAAUAUUUAUGGUAAUAAUAGCAAGUUGAAAAGUGGAGUUAAUCAUGUGACAUGACAUUGCCAUUGAAUGAUGAUGCCAGGAUAUAGAGGUUUAUUCAUUUAUUUCAACUUAUUUCUGUGCUUACAUCCAACUAAGGUUCAAGCACGCUGUCUUGGUGACACACCUCAGUUAUAUGGGAUGUCUUUCCAGGAUAGUAGGUCAGUGGUUAGCGAGAGAGAAGAGGGUGUAGUGGUCUUACACCUACCCAUUGAGUUGAUAAAACUGACUGAGUGGGAGCUGGUACAGGGCACCCUUUGCCCACCAGCCUUAUGUCCGAUGGCUUAACCACGACACCACCGAUGCCAGUAUAUUAUAGAGAUAAACCAGAACUGGGACUGAUAGACCACAAAGAUAGAUGUUGUGCUUAACCUUUAGACUACUGGAUUUGUUUUGAAUGAAAAAUAUGUGGAGGGGCUUACCUACUGCCAUUUAUUUUGCUGACCACAAUUUAUUCAGGAAAUGAAAUAUCACAGUAUUUUCUUUAUUUUCGUUUUUGGUAAUACAGUUAAAUUUGUUUUCAAAUUGGCUGUCAGUGAGCUAUUAAUUCCUCAAAAUAACCCUGAUGAACCAUCACGGGUGUCAAGUGAAAAUACUUAAUGAAAACCACUUUUUCCAACUAAAAAUGUCCAGGUAUUAGUAUUUCUCACAGAAAAACUAAAAAACUAAAUCAAGACAUUAUAUUCUUAAAGCUAUUUCUGAUUGUGCAACACAAGAGCGAAAUAUGAAUUGGUAAAUGCACUGCAAGUUGUAUUCAAUAUGUCGGCCUGCAGUAUUCUAAAAGUAAACCUUGCCAAAAGUCUUUAAUGUCAUAUAUGUUGAUGGAAGUGUUGCCUGAUGAUGUUCCACAUGUGAUUGAUGGGACGGAGGUCAGAGUUCAAGGCUGGUAAUAGUAUUGUGUUGAUGUUUUGCUGUUGCAUAUAAGUUAUAUUAUAUAGUUAUUCACUUUUUAAUUCAAAUAUUUCUGUCUUUUUUUAAUAGUAUGGCCGAAGUUACAAAGCAUGUUUUAGCCUUACAUGCAUUUAACUACAUAUAUUUACAAUCCUUAAACACUGUAUUUAAGAAAAAACAGGCUUUGUAAAUUUGGCCCUGUACUUUUAACACCAAGCAAUAACAGUUUAAAUAAAUGAACAAUUCCUCAGAUGCAAGCAUCUUAGAUGAUAGUGGAUAAAUGGACCUACUUGAAAUAAAUAAACUUUAAACAACAAAAAUGAUUUUAUGUGCAAUUCAUUUAAAUGUGAUAAGAUAUAAUAUAUCUUAUCACAUUUAAAUGAAUUGCACAUAAAAUUAUUUUUGCAAAUAACACAUUCAAGUAUGAAGCGAACUCAGUGUUUUGUCUCAUAAACUAAUCUACAGGGUUUCUUUUUGGUGAUGUUACUGUCAUUUAUUUUUAUUUUUAAAAUGGCAUUGCUGAUUCAGUUAAAAUAUAGAUAGCCAUCUUGGAAUUUGUUAGUUCCCCUAAAAUACUUCUCAACUAGAAAACCCUAGUGUAUGGUAAGAAAAUGUAUGAUCUGGGGUUAUCCAGUGUAGUCUUAAAAUUUAGGCUGAAAUUGAUUAGAAUUCAGGUUUUUAAAAAAAUAUAUUCAGCACUGAAGCUUAAGUUACUAGUUAUCACCAUAGGUUUUCUCCUUUAAAAUUUUAUAUUUAGUAGACUAGGUUUUUUAAAUUAUUACUCAAUGUUUGUUUCUUGGGUUUAUCAUUAUAAAUUUUUGUUAUUAUUAUUUUUUUCUUCCUGACUUAUUGUUUCUUAUUUGAAGAAAAAUAAUUGUGGCCAUAUUAUAUUUUUGAAAAAAAAAAUUCCAAUUUAAUUGGUAACUUAUUCUUUAUUGGUUUCUUUUGUUAAUAAUUAUUAGUUGAUUAUAAUUAAUGUUCUGGAAUUUGUAUUGGAAUCUUUGUUUUGGACCAGUUUGUCGGACUCAAAAUAGCUGGUUAUAUGGCAUAUAGUUUCACAUUCAUAAGUUAAAACCUGCAUCUACUUGGUCGACUGCAUGGAGCCCAUCAUUUAACUUGCUUUUAAUUACUUUUAAGAACUGAAUUAUUUCAGAGGUUUUUUGUUUUGUUUUGUUUUGUUGCAUUUUUGCAUACAUUGUUAAUAUAUUAUGUAAGUGGGAAUAUUGUUUGCCUCCUUUGAUGUGAUGUGGAAUGUAAUACAUUGUAUGAUGCAGUUUUUUUGUUUUAUUAUUUAGGAAUGUUCUGAGCUUGUGUCUCCGCAGCUUAGCCAUUCCAAAUGAUGUUACUAACACUUGGUGGUACUGUGGAUCAAAUCUGAUCGUUGUUGAUACAAAAGAAGGCUGAAAGUUUAUUUUUAUUGUGUGAUAAGAAACUUGUGAUUGGUGUUUUUCCUUUUCUUCUUGUGAUUGGACAUCCUGGUGGUGUUUUCUCCAUGGCAACUGUUUGUCCGACCUUUCAAUAAUUGUACAUAGACAUUACAGGGAAUGUGGGAUUUCUGGUUUUGUAUAUAGUGAUCAUUUCUACAAGUACUUCCAGUCGUUGUAGUGAAAUAUUCCACGGCUUGUUGUGAUUGAUGUUGUAUGGAAACUUGAUAGCAAAAAGUGUGGGGGUGUUUUUUGUUGUUUUUUCUCUCUCUCCCACCCCCCCCCCCCCCCCCCCCCCCCCCCCCCCCCACCCCCACCCACACAGCAUAUGUGCCAUUUUCUAACUAGCUGGUGUAGCUUGAUUGCAUGUGUGUGGAAGAUGAUGGCAACGUGAUUAUGCUGUUACUUAAUGUUUAUUAUUUUUUUUACUGUGAAAAGCCUGUAAGCAAGUCAUUGCUUGGAGUCAAAUAAGACCAACGUCCAGCUACUUGUGCCAUAUAGCUGUACUUCAUAUACACUUAAAGGUUAACUCUAUAAUAAAAUUAUGAACUAUGAACUCUUUGGUUUAAAUCUAUUUUACUGUGUUCUUUGUAUUCCCAGAGACAAGUAAAAAUGUGUAUUCCUGUUUUUACUUUCACGUAAGUGCUGCAAAGCAUCAUACAAAAUACCUACACUAAAUGUUCCAAACAAACAAUGUAAUUUUUUAAGUGAAAAUCAUACUGUCGCUAUUCAAGAGAGUUAACUCUUGGUCCUUUUUUUUCCUUUAACCAAUUUUAAUGCAGGAUUUUCAAUAUUAUUUAUAAGAUUGAAAUGGCCAUUAUUGGAAAUAAAAUACACAUAAUGUCAUCUGCUAAUAUUGGACUACAACUUGGAAAAAACAUUUUUUGUCUGGUUUUUACUUUUACUUUAGUAUAAGGUUAACCUUUAAGUGGGAGUAGCUGUUGUCUACUUUUCUUGUAUUCUUGUGGGAAAAAGGUUUCUGUGCACCACGUAAAAUGGCCUCAAACCAAAAGUAAAGUUUGUAAAUGGUUGAAAUUUGGUACAAAUUAUUACAUCAACAUUUUUGUUAAAAACAUUUCAUAAUGUUUAUGAAGGAUAAGAAAUAUUUUUUGGAAAAUGAUUUUGUUUCCUUUAUUACUGUUAUGCAUACCUUGUGCAAUAUGUUCACAGGAACAUUUUCUCCAUGAGUAUAUAUAUCCAGUGUUUAGAUAAUUCUACAAAUUUAAUGUUCACUUCCCCCACCCAUUCCCCAUAAAAAAUAUUAAUACAUUUUUCAAAAUGUGCUAUUAAGAAUGUAUCCGUUGCUGAGAUGUUUGGUGCUGUUCAACCCCUUGCUAGGGUUUCUACCCCUCCCUUGUUUAUAACACACACACACACACACACACACACACACACACUCAGUCAGAAGCCAGAAAAUUCACUUUUGUUUGUCUCAGACGCUAUCCUCUUGUCCCGGUGGCCAGUGUUUCUCUUCCUGUUACGAUGUUUGAGCAUUUCUGCCUCUUCACAUGUCCCAACAUGGGUACAUUUCCCAUGAAGAUACACAAACUUCUUUCUUGGUCAUCAGAACUUGAAAUCCAGUCAAAGUGUAUACAAAAAUUAACCUUACCCCCCCAUGUUGAGUGCGUUGUUAAAUAAAACAUUUUCUUACCCCCCCCCCCCCCCCCCCCCCCCAGUAUCUUGAUGUAUAUGUAGAGUGAAUUUGAAGAAAGUCUCAACAUUACCAGGGAUGGGGUGCAGUUAUAUUUAACCCAGAGGUGCACCUCUGUCAGUUUACAAGGCGCAUACGCUGAUUUGAAUGUGUUCAGCCAUGGCUUGGAGGCGUGGCCUGGCUUCAGGCAUUACUGCUGUGAUAAAUAGUGUGUCCAGGGCUCAAACUUAAACAUUUGUUGUCUAUGGCAAUAUUUUAAAAACAUUGCCAUGGGAGAAAUGGUCCACUGAUGGCAGGGUUUUUUUUCAAAGUAACUUUUGCAGCAAAUCAACAUGACUUAUUUUGCUGUAUGCAGACCUAUUUCAAAAAUUCAAAUGUUAAAUACUAUCAGAUAAUAUACAGCAGGUAUACAGAGUUUGCCAUCAUUGAGGAGCUUUACAGACAGCACAAAUUUUUAACCAGUGGCAGAAAAAUGCUGUCGGUGAUGCUCCAGAGCUAUGGCAAUUAUUAUCUCAACGACAACGGCAAUUGCCAUUGGUGCUGCGUUAAGUUCGAGCCCUGUGUGUCCCAUAUAUGCAUGCUGUAUGUAUGACAUCCACAGAAUAACAACAUGGAAGUGCACUUGUAGACCCAUGUAUCGUAGUGGAACGAUCCUCAAAAGUUGAAGUUGGGAGACAAGUCACUUAUUUUGUUACACCUAUCUUGAUUAACACUUGGGAGUUUUUAAUUUAUACUGAAAUUAUGAUCUGUUGUAGAUGUUUGAAUUAAUAUCAUGUGAGUUACGGCCAACACCAUCACAGAAUUGUAAACAAAUGUUUUGAAUGAGAAAACAAAAUAGAAAAGUUUAUAGCAAUGAAACAAAAACACCUAGAAAAUAUCGUAGUGUUAGAAGCCUUCUGAUGCAGUGUCAUUAAUGAGUUGUUUGUAUACGUCAUGAUACACUGCAGUACUUAAUCUUUUGAACCUAAUUUUACUUUUAGUAAGGAGUCAUAUUUAUGGAGGCAAUUCCAUUAAACAUGUUUAUCAUUAUAUCAGUCAUCAAGAAUGACUUAACUGAGGCUUCCUUCUAUUUUUUUAAAGCUGAUUUUCAGUUGAGUGGUUAUAAAGUAUUAAGUUAAAAUCAUUGCAAUGAAAUUGAUAAAAAUUUCUGAAGUGAAUAAACUAUUUGCAUGAGAAUUUACUUUUCAUGUUACCAUUUCCGCUGAUUGUGCGAGUUUUUUAAGACCAUCCCACCUAGAUAUAAUAAAUUAUUCACAUAUUCUAUCUUGCACAUGUGUGGGUAGAUGGAGUGAAGCAACAAGAGCCGUCACAAAUGAGGAAACAUUCCUCAAAAGGUAUAUGACAAUGGGGUUUUUAUUUGCUAAAUUGGGUAUAAUGUGAAAGCUUAUAGGUCACUUCAAAUAAAAUGAUUUAAGUUGA